UUCAUCAAAGAACAUAUAUUACUUUAGCGGUUUGGUUUAAAAAAAAAUGUUGGUUUUCUGCCCACCCCUUUUCAAUCUGCCGGUGUCGGAGGUGCUCGGAGAAGACGCACAAUCGCGAGCAGCUUACGACACUCAGUGAGCAGUCGGUGCCGGUGCAGGCUCCUGCACACUCCUCGGCGGAGGGAAGGAGUCGAGCGCUGCUCUGCGCUCCGCAAAGCAUGAACCGGCCAGGUUUCAGCAGCUGCCUAGGACACGAAUGGCAGGCGUUCUCCAACCGGGACACCAAGGUGGCUGCGAUCCGAGGUGGUCAUUGCCGAUGACAUUCUUCAGACUGUCAAAUCUUGGGGAGUCUCGAGCCCCGAGUUUGGAGUUGAUUUUUUCUCUCACCCCCCCACCACGUCACUAUCUCAACUGCAGAGGAAAAAAAGGGGGACCGAGGCAGGAAGGCGAGAAGCCCAGGCUCCCGGCACGUAGUUGGGAAACUUGCGGGUCCUAGAAGUCGCCUCCCCGCCUCGCCGACCGCCCCUGCAGCCCCGGAGCGCAGCAGCAAAGUGAGACAUUGUGCGUCUGCCAGAUCCUCGGGCCGCGGAGCAGGGCUGCUCGGGAAACACAGAGGGGUCUUCUCUCGCCCUGCAUAUAAUUAGCCUACACACAAAGGGAGCAGCUGAAUGGAGGUUGUCACUCGCUGGAAAAGGGUGGAUUUCUGACCCAGCGCUUCCAAUGGACAUUCUCCAGUCUCUCUGGAAAGAUUCUCGCUAAUGGAUUUCCUGCUACUCGGCCUCUGUCUACACUGGCUGCUGAGGAGGCCCUCGGGGGUGGUCUUGUGUCUGCUGGGGGCCUGCUUUCAGAUGCUGCCCGCCGCCCCCAGCGGAUGCCCGGGGCAGUGUCGGUGCGAGGGGCGGCUGUUGUACUGCGAGGCGCUCAACCUGACCGAGGCGCCCCACAACCUGUCCGGCCUGCUGGGCUUGUCUCUGCGCUACAACAGCCUCUCGGAGCUGCGCGCCGGCCAGUUCACGGGGUUAAUGCAGCUCACGUGGCUGUAUUUGGAUCACAAUCACAUCUGCUCGGUGCAGGGGGACGCCUUUCAGAAACUGCGCCGAGUUAAGGAACUCACACUGAGUUCCAACCAGAUCACCCAACUGGCCAACACCACCUUUCGGCCCAUGCCCAACCUGCGCAGCGUGGACCUGUCCUACAAUAAGCUUCAGGCUCUGGCUCCGGAUCUCUUCCACGGGCUGCGGAAGCUCACCACGCUGCACAUGCGGGCCAAUGCCAUCCAGUUUGUGCCGGUACGCAUCUUCCAGGACUGCCGCAGCCUCAAGUUUCUAGAUAUUGGAUACAAUCAGCUCAAGAGUCUGGCGCGCAACUCUUUCGCUGGCUUGUUCAAGCUCACGGAGCUGCACCUGGAGCAUAACGACUUGAUCAAGGUGAACUUCGCUCAUUUCCCGCGCCUCAUCUCUCUUAAUUCGCUCUGCCUGCGGCGGAAUAAGGUGGCCAUUGUGGUCAGCUCUCUGGACUGGGUUUGGAAUUUGGAGAAAAUGGACUUGUCGGGGAACGAGAUCGAAUACAUGGAGCCCCACGUGUUCGAGACCGUGCCGUACCUGCAGUCCUUGCAGCUGGAUUCCAACCGCCUCACCUAUAUAGAGCCCCGUAUCCUCAACUCCUGGAAGUCCCUUACAAGCAUUACUCUGGCCGGGAACCUGUGGGACUGCGGGCGCAAUGUGUGUGCCCUGGCCUCCUGGCUCAGCAACUUCCAGGGGCGCUAUGAUGGUAACUUGCAGUGCGCCAGCCCGGAGUACGCACAGGGCGAGGACGUCUUGGAUGCUGUGUAUGCUUUCCACCUGUGCGAGGAUGGGGCCGAGCCUACCAGUGGCCACCUCCUGUCGGCCGUCACUAACCGCAGUGACCUAGCACCCCCGGAGAGCUCGGCCACCACGCUGUUGGAAGGCGGGGAGGGACUGCACGAUGGCACGUUUGAGCCCAUCACCGUGGCUCUCCCGGGCGGCGAGCACGCUGAGAACGCUGUGCAGAUCCACAAAGUGGUCACGGGCACGAUGGCUCUCAUCUUCUCCUUCCUCAUCGUGGUCCUAGUACUCUACGUAUCCUGGAAGUGUUUCCCAGCCAGCCUCAGGCAGCUCAGACAGUGCUUUGUCACGCAGCGCAGGAAGCAGAAGCAGAAACAGACCAUGCAUCAGAUGGCUGCUAUGUCUGCCCAGGAAUACUACGUUGAUUACAAACCCAACCACAUCGAGGGGGCCCUGGUGAUCAUCAACGAGUACGGUUCAUGUACCUGUCACCAGCAGCCUGCGAGAGAAUGCGAGGUGUAACUGGCCCAGUGGCUCUCAACCCAUGCGCUACCAAAUACGUCUGGGCAGCCGGGCCGGCCGGCAGGCACCAGGACGGGUCUCCUCUGCGCACUGAUGUGUUGACUGAAACUGUAUGGGGAUCUCUCCCAGAGACUUGACAUUUUAGCUUUAUGUGUCUUAAAAACAAAAAAAAUAAAACACAACAAAACCCCACCCCAUAAUCUUCAGGACAGUCUGUCUUAAAUUUCAUAUGAGAACUCCUUCCUCCCUUUGAAGAUCUGUCCAUAUUCAGGAAUCUGAGUGUUAAAAAAAAGGUACCAAUCAUUGAUUUUUUUUUGUAAACUAAAACGUUUAAAAUAAAAUAGCAUUUACAGUUUCUACAGGCUGGUGGAACCUGAAUGACUGCUACCUGUCUUAACUGAAGAAGCAGUGGUUAAAGUUUCCUUGGAAGGUAGAUGGGACUGGAAGUGAGGGGUCUUGGUGGGUGGGAAAAAAAUCAAGAAAUCAUGGAGCAAAAAUUUUAGAUUCGAUUUGAAAUCAUAAGAGGGGCAAAUGAGGAAGGCUUAUCACUGUAAUGGUUCUGGUAAUAUAUCUCUGUGGAUAAAAGAAAAAAUUCAGGAAGACCCUUCAUAGUCUGAGGACUGGGCUAAGAUAUCUAGCUGGUUUAAAGUGAUGGGUAAGGCAUGAUUGGGGCAUCAUUUCUAGGCCUUUAAGGCAGAGAUCAGAGAUCUUGGCAAGAUCAUUGCAAAUGGCUUUUAAAAGGCAACGCUUGACAGUUUAUCCUGCGAGCAAGGAACAUUUUUCCCCCUUUAAAAUAACCACCUUCCAAAUCAGCACAAAAUUUCCCACCAAAUGCCAUUUGGUCUUUUGAUCUUAAUUUUCCUGUGUCUUUUACUCUUCAGAAUUAGUAGCAAUCUGUGCCCUUUAUCAUGCCCUCCCAUGGCAGAGAGAGAGAGAGAGAGAGAGAGAGAGAGAGAGAGAGAGAGAGAGAGAGAAUAUGAAUAUAAAUAUCGCAACAUUCAAUACUGAAAGACAGUCUCUGGGAGUUAGGAGCAGCAAGCCUCAGCUUAGGAGUUUCUGUGGGGAGAGAGGAAGCCCUGAGUCAGGAAUCCCCCUUUGGUAAUGACUUGUGGUGAGAAAAUCCAGGUCCUGACUUGGCAGAACAGUCUUGCAGGUGAGGUGGGAGAUAACCCUCUUUAUGCCGUGCUAUUUGUAUAAUACUGACAUGGGGAUGAUUUGUUAAAACAGAACAAGAAUGCUGCCACCUCUCAGAUGCUCCUUUUAUGUGGUGUGUGCUUUCCCUGUUUUUCCACUUAAAAAAAACAUGUUAAUAUGACUGACAGCCUCUCCUUAGCCUUCAAAGGCUUCUAGGGUCCUUCAUUGACAUUUAUUUAUU